AUGUCGAUCACUCUGAACAGGUUCCCUGUCCUGCCGACGAACCUCUAUGGAGAGGACAUGCUUGCGCGGCCCUCCGCUAGCGUGGCUGGCUUCAUCUCCGGCUUUCGGACCUCCGUCUUGCAGUCUCCAACAGUCCUCGCCUGCGUCGGGGUGAACCUCAUGAUGUUGUACUAUAUAGUCGCGUUCCUCGCGAAGAAGAACUCUAUUCCCGCGGUCGGGUACCCAUCAUGGCUGGGUCCAUGGGCAGGAGCUAUACGGUUCUUCUACGACUCCAAGCGCAUAAUCAACGAGGGCUACGCGAAGUACAAGGGCCGUACUUUCCGGGUCCCGCUUUGGAACGAGUGGAGUUACAUCGUGACGGACCAGAAAUGCAUCGACGAGAUGUAUCAUCUGCCAGAUGACGUGCUGUCACUUCGCCAUGCCGCUGGGGAGGAACUGCAACUGCCAUAUACCAUGGGCCAGCAGAUCGAAGACAACCCGUUCCAUCUCCCCGUCCUGAGAGGAAGGCUCACACGCCACAUCGAGUAUCUGGUGAGAGAAUGCCUUGAUGAAUUGCCACUCGCCAUCGAGGACGACAUCGGCAAGCACUGCGGCGAUCAGUGGACGGAGAUGAACGCCUUCGAUGUCCUGACCGGCGUUAUCGCCAGGACAUUCAACCGUAUCUUGGUCGGCGCACCGAUAUGCCGAAGCGCUCAUUACACACAAACAUGCAAAUCAUUCGCUAUGAAGACAUCCAUCGUCGGUUUUAUUAUUAACCUAUUCCCUUCAUUCCUUCAACCAAUCGUCGGCAGAAUGAUCACUCAGCUGCCUUCCCAAAUCAAACGGUCGUUGUUCAUCCUCGGGCCGAUCAUCGCUGAACGACAGGCGGCGAUGGCCGAGUACGGGACCAACUGGUCAGAGAAGCCAAUGGACCUUCUCAUGUGGCUCAUGGAAGCAGCGGAUCCCGUCGAGUCGCAGCCGGAACGUCUUGCUAUCCGCAUCCUCGUCAUCAACAUUGCGACCAUUCAUACCACUGCAGCGUCCUUCGUGCAUGCUAUCAACAACUUGCUCGAGCAUGACGAAUGUAUCGAGCCUCUGAGAGAGGAAGCUGAGGCAGCGAUUGGCAAGCACGGAUUCGCGAAAAAUGCCAUGAACGCUAUGCCAUUCUCGGAUAGCUUCUUCAAGGAAUCUUCUCGCCUGAACGCUCUUGGUACCACGAGCUUCCCGCGCAAGGCUAUGAAGGACAUCACCUUCUCAGACGGCACCACGGUUCCCGCGGGCUCCUACAUCUCCUCGCCCUUCUGUGUGCACUACGACGAGGAGUUCUAUCCGGAUCCGAUGAAGUUCGAUCCUAGCCGGCACAUGCAGGAGACGUUGUCGAGCGGCGUGGCGAACAACAGCAGUGGGAUGUUCCGCACGAACCCGCACUACCUCGUCUUCGGUCACGGAAAGUAUCCUUGCGUGCGUAUCUGCCACCGUCGGUUCUCAAAAGAUCCUGGAAGAUUCCUCGCUACCUACAUCUUGAAGGCGACGAUGGCUUAUCUCCUCCUUAACUACGACAUCAAGCCGAGCUCCCAGGGAAGGCCGGCGGACAUCCUCUUCCAGUACAACAACGGCCCGAACAUUCGCUCGACAUUCAUGAUCCGUCGGCGGAAGUUAGCAUAG